AUGAUACUUGAGAGAUUUUUGGGCGUUUUUGUGUGCAAAAAAGAGAAGAAAAAUGUUGGAACGAAAUGCAAUUCACCUCUAAGUCAGAUCUUCAACCACAUCGUCUUGCUUCUCGUUAAGAUAAUGAACAACACAUGUGUGGGAGUGAAGUUGACUCACAAUUCAAUAUCAGAAAUGAACUUGAGUUUAUCAAACGAAUAA